AGCCCUUUUGGGCAAAUGUUCCCUUCGGGGACCAUCACGCAACAGCACAGCCCUUUGCCGCCAGUGAGCCAUUUCUCCCAGCAAAUGGCCAUACACCAGCAAGGCCAGCAAAAUGGUCAUCAGAUGUUGGUGUCAACUCUGCACCAGCCACAUUCCCCUCUUUCUACGCUAAAUGCUGUUGCGACACAUGAGACCAUCACAUUUUUUGACACCAUGGACGAUCGUACUCCAUCGCCACCCACAUCUGAUCGUAGUUCUCCAGCUAAUGGAGUGAUGAAUGGAAACCUAGUGUACGAUGGAAGCACUGGAAUGUCAACGUUUUCCAAUACUAGCCCGAUAAAUGGUUUGGCUGUGGCACAACAACAACUGAAAUCACGAAGCAAAAUGCACGAAAUGGCCGUACGCCAGAGGCUUAUCACUGACCAGGUACAACUCUGUUGCAAACUUAUCGUCAUGCUCGCUGAGCCUGCGCCUGGCGUAUAUUGA